CAACCAGUGCGUUGUCGCCGUGCGUUGCACUCCUGAAAAAAAAAAAAAAUCAUAUAGUUUGAACUUUUUCUGACAGCCCAGCCUGCGUCAGCUUUAGAACUGUAACGAAGUUAGUUCAUUCGCUCAUGUCAUUUAUAUAAAUGGGAACGCAUCGUCAGCAUGUAAAGUCCUGUUAAAGUGACGGGAGGAGAAACUGAGGCUGAAGUUAACGAACUCUAAGGGCUGCAGAAGUUGGUAGCGCUAAGCUAACCUUCACCUCAAGCGACAGGAGCUCGGUUGGGCAGAGAAAACGUGUUUUUCAAGGAAACUGUUACAGCAAAAUCUGACCCAAAGGCCAACAUGUCAGAGAAGAGUGUUUGUAAUCCAGCCUGUGAUGACGGAGAAGUUACAGAGAGAGAACAGGAAGAAGUCCUCGUUCUUGAGACUGAAUUGUUGUCUGGCACUGAUUCAGAUAUCAGAGUGCAAACAGAUGACAGUGCCUACUACGUCACAUGGGCAGUUUACAUAGCUCUAGCUGUUCCAGAAGGGGAAGUCGAUGCUCCUGAAGAGUCUGAGAAAGCAAAAAAAAUAAAGAAUGUGUCAGGAAAAGUCCACAAGUCUCUGAGCUGCUAUCAUAUUGAAUACAAAUUGUUGCCAGGUGAUACUAAGACAGUUAAAGUGGACAUGCUGUUCUUUGGGCCAGUAGCAAAAAUAUACAGAGAAGACAAAUGCAAGAUUCUAAGAACAUGGCUUGAGGGGGAUCGGAUUUGGGUUGGCUGGGCCCAGAAGUUUAACAUCAGAGUCAGCAGGGAUGUGCUGAUCGGUCUACUUCCUGAGAAGAUCAGGCUUCAGAUAUGGAACACUAAGGAUAAAUUGUGCAGCCAAGCCCGCUAUGAAAGACUCAGAGCCAUCAGACUGUCACAGGAGCUGUCUGAACAUGAGACAGAGUGUGGUUUUAUUGAGACGAUGGUGAACAACAUGAGGAGCCUAUGUGAAAAGAAGCCAAAUACAUCUAAAUGGCACAAAAGGGAUAUUUUCAUGGGAUCAGAAACAGGUUUUGAAAAAACCACAAGUGAUGCUCAUGACCUUGAGGACAUGAAAAAAUGUGGCACUGCAUCAUUUGAAAUCAGUCCUGUUUGUUUGUUGGCAGGUGAGACCUCACUAACUGAGAACUUUCCAGUCUGUUCUUAUGGGUUAUUUGAAGUCAUGUUCAACAUUUCUCUGGAUGAACCAUUGAUGUCAGACCAGCUGAAGGCUGAACUCAAUCCACUGGUCAUCACAAUUUUGUCAGCCUCUUCACUGCCUUCGUCUCCAAUCCCCUUUCAUGUUCUACAGGAGAAAUGCAUGCCGGUGUAUUGCCAGUAUAAGUUCCAUAAUUUGAAUGUACACAGGACAAAGUAUCACAAGCAAGAUGCAAGCAUCCACUUCAGAGAUGUGAAUGUAAUCUUGACUGGUUUGAUAAGUCCGAAAGAACUGUAUGAGUUCCUGUCUGGCCCACCUCUGGAGAUUGAAGUUCAUGAUCGUGACAGAAAAUUGGAAGAAACACUGAAAACGCCAAAACUUGGAACUGUGUCAGAGGAUGAUAUCCAGUGCAGGGGAUCAGUAUUACAGCAGAAGACAGUGGCCAUUAAUACUCAUGGGAUUGCAAAACUAAAUCUCUCGGAGCUACUAGUGGGGAAGAAAAGUCUGAAGGUGUGCUUGCCAAUUAAAUGCAGCCCUUUGCCUACCCCACUGGACAGGGAGCGAACCCCAAAUAAGAGGAGGAUGUCAGCGAUGCCAAUGCCACAAGGCCAUUAUUAUGCUGCCAACUCUGAACUCAAAGUCAAAGUUGAGAUAACUUGCCCGCUCAGUGUCCAGAAUGACAGUUGUGAUGCAGAAUCCUGUAAGGGUCAAUUUGGGCGCAUCAUCUACCUCUUUGGAUACAGCAACUCCUCUGUGAUGACCAAGCUGAAGUCAGAGAUCCUACAAAUCAAUGCAGCAGCUUUCCAUCUGGGCUCACGCUCACUGGAAAAUGUAGAGACAGCCCUGUCAAAUUACCUAAUGAAUUUCAAGCCCAAUGAGACCAAGGAUCUGGAUUUCGUUUCAGGGUUUCAUGUGAUAGAUAAGAAGACACACAUCUUUGUUCUUGAAGGGCUUAAACAAAAAGCAGUGAAGAGACUUUGGCAAGCCAUUCCUAUGAAACUAAGUGGGAGUGAGGAGGAGCAGGUGAUAGUCCUCUAUAAUUCAAACCUGGCUUUCUUCAGACGCAUCUAUGAUUCCCUAGAUGUGAGCCUGAGUCCUGUCUGCCUGAGUCAGUCACUGGAGGCCAUCAUGAAAAAGUCUCAGAUCUACAUUAGAGGCACGAUCCCCCAACCCUGUUUUCAGGCUUUGUCAAGGUUAAGCCAGCUUUGUCAAGUAAAGCAGUUUAAAGAGGUGGUGGAGUACAACCUCUUCCCCUCAGCUGACAUGAUUCUCAGCCUGAGCAGCGUAUUUGGCUCAUACACUGACCAGCAGGAGCAGAAAGUCGUGGCAAAUGCUGAAGGGGACAUUCCCACUCCGCCUGUCAGGAUGAAAAAUCACGGGCCGAUCAGCGCACAUAACACAGAGUACAUCAAAUGGAAAAAGAACAGGCAGCAAAAGUUGAAAGACUUCAUUCAGGAAAAUAUUAAAAAGGUGCGAGAGCAAAGUGAGCAGUUGCAGAAGCCAGAGGCUGCAGUGUUACGGAUAGAUGAGACUGUAGGUAGACCAGCACACAACUACAGCAUCCAGACCUUCAACUCAAACCAGCAAGCUAAGGAACUGCUCUGCAAAGAGAUGGCCAAGGUGCCUGGGCGCAGGUUUACCUACAGUCAACAGUAUAACAGUGCAACGGUGGAACCGGGAGACGCUCCAUCUAAAACCAACUCCAGAGCUUCUUCUGCCUCUACAUUUUGGAAUACUAGUAUGAGCACGUCCAAAGUGCACCCUGGUCAUCCAGAUGAAGCUCGUGUGGAAGAGCUGAGGGAGCCAUGGAGGGAGAACAUCCUUCAUGCCAACAUACUGAAACCCAAACUUUCUCGAGACACAUGGGCCUGGAAUCUGCGCUAUGAGGACUUUGAGCGCUACAGGAAACCUCCGAGGUUCUUCAGCAACUCUCCUGUGACCAUUUACCUGGCUGGAGACCGUCUGCAGCAGGAGCAGCUCCAAGCAGCCAGAGCUCAGUACAGCCGCUGGAUGGAGAAGCUGCUUCCUGACGGCAGCAACAUCAAGCCAGCAGACAACAGCCCCGUCCAACAAUUCAAGUGUCACAUGAAAGGAAACCUGGAGAGAACUCAGGAUAUACUGAAAGAUCUGCCAAAGAAAUAUUCACUGAGGAAACCAGGCAUGAGGCUUAAGCCUUUACCUCAGCUGUCUGUGAUAAACGUUGCUGAUGACAAAGCAGAAGAAAUGGAGAGAGCACCUCUGGCUCCGGGCCCGUGCAUGGCCUGCAGCCUCGGAAGGAACGCCUUUCCCAGACACAGCUCUCAGUACAGCGAGUACCACUACAAUGGAUUCUGUGAGCAGCAUUCAUUCCUAUACAAGCGGAUUGCCCUGCCUCUAACAGACAAGGAGAGGAACGUCUUCAGAUUUCAAAAGUAGGCAUCAAACAUGAGGAAACAUGGAUCAGCUGUUCAGGAAAAAAA